UGUUCAAAAUGAAUGUAGAUGUUGUGAUUGUGGGCGGAGGUAUAUCGGGACUGACUGCUGCGUAUCAACUCCAUAAAAAGGACUCAUCUUUACAGAUCGUUGUGUUAGAGGCCAAAAACAGAGUUGGUGGACGAACAUUAACAUUACCACUAAAGGCAGCAGAUGGAACAGACAAUUUUGACCUCGGAGGCCAGUGGGUUGGAAGGUGCCAGCCCCACAUCAUGGCCCUGUUGGAGGAGCUGGGACUCACACAUGUACAGUAUCUGGAGGGCAAGAAGUUUAUGCAGCUGGGAAGUGACAGAAUCAGCAGCUAUAGCUCAGAUAUCCCCUCGCUGUCUCCACUAGCACUGAUUGAUCUACAGAAGUUAAUGUUCAAGCUGGAAUGGAUGAGAAAACAAGUUGAUAUCCGUGAUCCAUACCAGAGUCCGUAUGGAGCUGAGUGGGAUGCCAUGACCUUGGACACAUUUGUCAAUAACCAACUUUGGACCAAAGGUGCCAGAGAUGCUAUAGAGACAGCCUUGCGUGGUAUGCUUGGUGUGGAGUUAUCACAGAUCUCUGUACUGUACUUUAUAAGUUAUAUGAGUGCUGCUGGUGGUCUUAAGAAUCUGAUAGAGGCUACAGAAUACACAGCACAGGAAUAUAAAAUUGUGGGAGGAGCCCAGCAGAUCAGUCAGAAGUUAGCAGCUUCCCCUCCAUCUUGUGUUCAGAUGCAGCAACCUGUCAGCAAAAUCACACAG